UAUCUUUUUUUCUAAAAUGUAACAAAUUUUUAGUUAGGUUUAAAAACAUUCGCUAUACGUGUGUUCCUAUGGUAAAAUAUUUAUCUGAAACUUGAAUUUGUCUCAAAGCGAUCGUAUUAUUUUGUGUCACACGAUCAUUGACAUCAGUUGACAUAUAGAAGUCAGAAUGGCAAUAGAGAGCACUUUGAAAAAGCGAGGAAAUUUACGCACACACUUGUGCGACUUGCCCAGAACGUCUGGCAGCAAUUUGCCUAAAUUACCUCCAAAUGCGAAAUUCUAUAGUCGUUGGAGGCGGAAUCUUCAAAAACUCGUUCUUAUCUCCGCUCAUCAUCCUUGGACACGAUUAAUUUUUCGCAGCCAAGCAGCAAUUGCCUUCGAAAAGAGAAGACAUUCUAGAUCAUCUAAUCAAUGGGUGAUUCAUCCUUGUAGUAUGUUAAGGUUCUAUUGGGAUACGAUAAUGACUAUGACUUUUCUAUAUAUUUUCGUGAUGGCUCCACAUAUUAUCUGCUUCUAUAGAAUUGGAAAAAAUAGCGGUCCUGAAUAUUGGAACAUCGUGUAUCCUAGUUAUGGCAUUUGCAUCAUCGAUAUAUUUCUUAAUUUUAUUACUGGAUUUAUAUUCUCAGAGAGACAUGAGAUUAUUCUCGAUGCUGCUUUAAUCGCACGACAAUACGUGAGAGGAUAUUUCUUCAUUGACUUUAUCAGCACGCUCCCAUAUAUGUGGUUCUAUCCAACACGUAUUUUACCACCUGGUCCGGAUUCAAAUUCUGCGUUGCUUAUUCUUGAAUUUCUACCUAUUUUGAAAAUAAUUCGCAUACUUACAGUACGACGCAAUGUUCAACAGAUUAAUGCAAAAUUUGGUAUUUCUCAAACUCAAGAAUUAACAAUAUGGCUCAUUAUAUUAACAUUAUUAUUUUUUCAUUGGAGUAGCUGUAUAAGUUACGUCUUUCCUUACAUUAUUAUGCAUAUACAAGGAACACCCAUGAAAGAUUCCGAUGCAUAUUAUAUCGUCAGAAAACUUUAUAAUAAGCCAAAUUGGAAAAUAUAUUUAACAUUUGUGCAUAUUGGAGUAAGUAAUUUAAUUGGUUCCAGUUUCCUGGAAUUCGACAGCUUUGGAAUUUGUGAUAAAGUAAUACGAUACAUACUUUUGUUGCUGGGGAAAGGUUACACAAUUUAUCUGAUUAUAACAAUCCUGCAAAUUUUGGUAUCAUUGGCAGAGCCAGAAAUUAAAUAUCAACGGGUCAUGCAACAAGUGAAAGAAUAUAUUCGUAAAAAAAAACUUCCAUUAUAUUUGCAAGAUAAGUUUAUCUUCUAUUAUGAGUAUCGUUAUCAAGGCAAUUUCUUCAAGGAGAAUAUUAUAUUUGAUACUCUUUCGAAGCAUUUAAAUCAAGAAGUUUUAUUUCAUAGCAGCCAUGGUUUACUAGAUACCGCGAUUUUCCACAAUUUGUCCCGCAAUGUUCUUAGUGAUUUAUUAAAUUUAAUGAAACCGGUGAUAUAUCUUGCAGAAGAUAUAAUUUAUAAAGCUGGCACUGAUAGUGACAGUAUGUAUUUUAUAGCCAGCGGAACUGUUGUACUAAUCACAUUCUCAGGAAGAGAAAUAUGCCAUUUACAUGAUGGUGAUUAUUUUGGCGAAGCUAGUAUGAUUCAUUCGGAUCGGCGUAGAGCGGAAUCGGUUAUCGCUUUGGAAGUAUGCGAAUUAUUUCGCUUGCAUCGUCGUGAUUUCAAGCGUCUUUUUACUAAAACCUCGGAGUUUUAUAUCAACUUGGAACGUACCGCCCGAGUACAUUCGCAAAAAAUUAAGAAAUUGGAUGAGGAUACUGAUCAGAGCGAACGAAAAGAAUUUAAAAGAAUUUAA